AUGGCUCCCACUACCCAUUAUCUUGAUGAGGUUGGCAGAGGGUUGCUAAAGAUUCUGCAGCAAGCGUUUUUGGAUGGUGUGAUUGUGGCGGGACCAAUGGAGGAUAAUAGCAACGUGAAAUAUUCAAAUAAGAGCCUCAACGGUUAUGUUGCGCCACUUCUUAAACAUCUUGGGAUGGGUGAUCUAGGAUAUACAGCCUGGAAGAUCCGCACACGAAUAACUGUCAAUAAUAAAACUGGACCAGAAUAUAUUAUUCCUAUAAUCAUUUCAGAGACAGCUUGUUUUGUUCCUGGGGGUAGUCCUACAAAAGGAAUGUAUAUCUUCCAUGAAGAGCCAGUGGAUAUUAUUCCGACUUUAUUGUGCCUUUUCGUGGGAAAGAUACCUGUUACAGCGAUGCCUGAUGACCGGAAGGAUGGCAUUCUAAACCCAAGCUCGAUGGAAAAGAUACCUGGUAGGUAA